AAGGACCAGUUUUCCAGUGUAAAAAAAAGAACCAGUUUGAAAAACGUAAAACUAGUAGCUCAAAUGGAUUUGUAUUGAUUUUUUUUCCUUUCAAAUUUUGUAUAGGAUGAAUUACAUACACUCACCUUCAUCCUCGUAAAACCCUCUCACUCUCGCCAUUCAGAGUCGUCGCCUCCCGUUCACGGCUCACCUGCACAUAUCCACAUUGACCGUCGUCACUCCUCUUCGCCAUCGCUUGCACUGAUUGAAGCUGUGCCGCCCUCACCAUCAUCGUUGUGCAGCCCUCACCAUCGUUGCUGCGCCGCUCUCACCAUAGUCAUCUCCGUGCUUCUCAUCAUCGUCUUUGAUGUGCUCACAUCAUUGAAUAGUUUGAACGGUUUCUUGGUUAGCCAGAAACAGAACUGGUGUGAAGAAUGUAAAGAAUGAAAGAAGACAAGGAGUAGAGAAGUAGAAGACGAAGAAGAAAGGUGAGCUGAAUGAGCUAUAACAUUUGCACUCAUUGACUCCAUUGACGCCACCGCAGCAAGUAAUCCGUUGUAGCAGUGUUGGUCUUUGAUUGUCGGAGCAUUUUGAGGACUUGCUCAUUGAAGAAGCAAAUUGAUGCUGAAGCUCAUGCUGUUCAUGUUUGACUUGCAGAGCUUAGUUUGGUUGCUUCCUUCAAAAGGAAAGGGAGAUUUAAUAACAUGUUCUAAGCAAAAGAAUUCAGAGUUAUUUCACGCGGUUCUUGGAGGCUUAGGACAAUUUGGAGUUAUAACAAGAGCAAGAAUUUCUCUUCACCCAGCACCCACAAAGGAAGGUGCGUAUAACACUGUUGAUAUCAUGCAGACCAAGUUUAUCCUCCCAGAUAGUGAAGAAAAGUGGGUGAUCCAAGCAAUUCGGGAUGCUUGGAAGCGGUUCAAGGGAAAGAUUAAGCAGAAGCACUUUGUUCCCUUUGAUACCAUCGAAGAUAUGGUGAAAAAUCGACCGACACAAGUUCCAGAAAGUCAAUUCAUAAAAUUGAUCUAUUAUUGGAGUCAUCCUACAAUCCAGUCAAUAAGUGAAAAAAAUAAGAAACAUAAAGAACAGCAAAAGUUUCCACAUCGCAUGGGGCCAAUCAAUUUCGGAAGAGUACGAGUGGCUCUGCGCGCGACAAAGGAAACAAAUGAGGAACCAAAAAGGUUUGAAAUGUUCCUUGCUACUCGAACAAGUCGGAAAAGGAAGGAAAUUGAUCAGGAAACACAAGAUGCAAUUGAUGAAUUCCAAAACCGGCAAGCUGCUGGUGAAACAGAUGAGGAAGCUUUUGAGUCUUUAUUUGGAAAAGAACAACCAGGUCGGGUUAGGUGCUAUGGAAGAUCUGUUACACGAAGUGACUUAAAAAAGCAUGCAGAAAUUUUUGAACUCAAGCAACAACACCAAGAGGAAGUCACAUCUUUGAAGGCUGAACUUGGAGACAUGAAAGCCAAACAGCAGCACCAAGAGGCUGACCUUCAUGGAUUGCGAAACAUGAUUAAGUUACUAGUUCAGCGAUCUGAACCUGGAAUGAGGUCGGAAGAAAUUGAAGCUUUGUUACAAGAUGCCCAACACUCUCCAAUUGAUGCAAAUAGCGCUCAUGGAUCAACACAUAUUCCAAACAUAAAUAUGAUGCGAGUGAAGAUUGAGAUGCUGAUCAGAAAUUUUAAAAAAAAAUGA